CCGGCUCAGAGCUGAGCCUGCGGCGGCCGGGCCAAGCAGCAGCCGGAGUGGGACAGCCGCGCGCACUGACCGACCGCCCCGGCCUCUCGGCGGACGCCCGCACACCAUGAGCCGCCCGAGCUCCCGGAGCAGUGCGGUGCGGGCAGCCCGGCGCUGAACCGCAAAUCCGGACCCCGAGCGCGGCGCAGGGAGAUUAAGAAUCAUGGCUGCGGGAAAAUUUGCAAGCCUUCCCAGACACAUGCCUGUGAAUCACCAGUUCCCUUUGGCCUCGUCCAUGGACCUCCUGAGCAGCAAGUCCCCUCUCGCUGAGCACCGCACAGAGGCCUAUCCAGACGUGUCCAUACACGGCACUCUUCCACGGAAGAAAAAAGGCCCUCCUCCCAUACGGUCCUGUGACAGUGCCAGUCACAUGGGCACCCUCCCUCACUCCAAGUCCCCACGACAGAGCUCACCUCUGACCCAGGACCUCAUCCUGGAAAAACCACUGCCAGACUGGAAAGGGGACAGCUUCGCCUUCAGGGAUCCCUAUCUUCUGGACCCAACUCUGGAGUACGUAAAGGUAAGAAAACAGGGCAGAGCAUGGAGUUGUGACUUCCCAAACACGGCCCGCAGUCUCCCUCAUGUAGAGAGCUGGCUGUGGCACCUGAAACAGCCAGUGGACAUUUAG